AUGAAGACCGUCUCGCUCCUCUUCCUCUCCUUCCUCCUGGGCGUGAGUGAUGUUCAGGGGGGGUCAGAGUUCAGGAUAUGUGCUUUCAACCUUCAUCACUUUGGAGACUCAAAGGCCAAGAAGAGCGAUGUCAUGCUAACUCUGGCCAGAAUCAUCACUCGCUGCGACAUUUGUUUGCUUCAGGAGGUGAGAGACGCCAAGAACACAGCUGUACAACAGCUGCUUCAAACAAUUAAAAGCUAUGAUGGUGACCACAAGUACGAAAUGGUGGCCAGUGGGAGGCUGGGCAGGUCCGAUACGUACCAGGAACAGUACGUGUUUAUUUACAGGUCGGACACAGUAAUGGUCACAGAUCAGUAUCAGUACCCAGACGAUCUACCAGGAGAUGAAGACGCUUUCUCCAGAGAGCCUUUUGUUGUUCGCUUCAAAGCCCCAAGGACAAUUAUAAAGGACUUUGUCCUCAUUCCUCAACACACAACUCCAACCAACACCACCAAAGAGCUCGACGCUCUGUAUGACGUUCUGCAAAAAGUGAGGGAGAUGUGGAAAGUUGAGAAUGUGAUGCUUCUCGGGGACUUUAACGCCGACUGCGGCUACCUCGCCAAGAAGAACAGGAAGAACGUGCGCCUGAUCACAGACCCCAACCUCUAUUGGCUCGUACCAGAAAACAGUGACAGCACCGUCAAACAGAGCACUUCCUGCUCCUACGACAGGAUCGUUGUGCACGGAGAGACGUUUAACAGAGCGGUUGUUCCCUCUUCUGCCCAGCCGUUUAAUUUCCAACAGGAAUUCAAACUGACCGAGGAGCAGGCGCUGGACAUCAGCGAUCAUUACCCGGUGGAGGUCCUGCUGAGGGUCGCUGGCUCCAGGUUUUUACCCGGAGGAGCUCCGUUUACAACACACACUCCUCUGUUUGCCUUCAUCCCCCUCAUCCUCCAUGAAUUGUUGUGGUAA